UUGUAUAGCAAAUCACAUUAAACCAUCUGCUUUCAGGUAUGCUGGCGAUAUCUACAACAGUGUAGUUGGUGUAUUUUGGCGUAAUUACAGUGGUGAAUUUUUGAUUGCCACACAGUUUCAACCGGAAUAUGCUCGAACAUUGUUCCCAUCGAUAGAUGCUCCAAACUAUAAGGCCACCUUUACUCUGAGCUUAAUACAUCGUACCAAUACCAGAGCUUUGGGAAACAGUGUACCAUCAGAAAUUCGUCAACUGAAUAAAGAAUGGAUGCGUACAGACUUUAUGCAGUCCAUUCCACUUCCAACUUACUUAUUCGCAUUUGCCAUCCUACCACAGUCAUUCCGUGUGGUAUCCAAAAUGACAACUUUUGGAGUUCUGGUGCACAUACAUGGACCAAGAUCAUUUGAACGAUUUGAAGCUACCGCAGAGUUAGCGGUAAGAUGUGCCGAACUGGCUUAUGAUAUGUUCAAAAUACCUCUGACACUUAGCAAAAUUGAUUUCUUGGUCGUAAAGAAUACUGGGCCGGCGAGCGGAAUGGAAAACUGGGGCCUUGUAACACUUAGCGAAGAAUAUUUGAUGGAAGCCGACGAUGCUCAUGCUAUCUAUUUGAUCAGCCAUGAAAUCGUUCACCACUGGAUCGGUAACCUUAUGACAAUAUCGGAUUGGAGUCAAGCUUGUCUUCAGGAGGACCUUGCCGAUUUUAUUGCUCUGAAGAUUUUGCGAAUUAUGUCCAAAAGUGACAGGCGUUAUGAGCGCUUUCGUCUUUCCCGGUAUUUGGCUAUUCAACUUGCCGAAACUGUAUUUACACCCGAUGAACCGUUAGUGCCGCUCAAAAAAAUUUCUAUUUCACGGAUUGGUCGUCAGUGUUACCUCAAAGGAGUAAUUCAUUUGGAGACAUUAGAAGCAAUAAUUGGUGAACCUCAAAUGAUGAAUACUGUGCGACAAUUAAUUCGCGAUCACAGAUUUUCCAACUUCCAGAUUCAUGAUUUUAGCAAAGCUUUCGCUAACGUCACUGUAGACCGAAUUUUCAAUUUAGAACAGGUUUAUGAAUUUUGGGCUAAAAGCAAAGGGUUUCCAUCAUUAUUGUAUGAAAAGACCUCAUCAGGUGUCAGAAUUACACAGCUGCUAGGUUCCACGCUGCGAGAACUUUGGCCUUUAUAUGUUAACUUUGAAAAUCAUCCCCAUAUGUCUGAAAUAAUGACUGUUGCCACAAAAACAGUUGCUGUUUCAAGUUCUGCUUUACUUAACCCAGGUUUCUUGGCGUUCUAUCGUGUCAAUUACGAUAGCGAACUUUGGUCAGCAAUACAGAAGAGACUAGAGAACGAACCCGAAAAGUAUGGAAUUGUACAAAGAGCACAAUUAGUUGCUGAUUUCUGUUAUUUCAAUUCCAAAGGUCUCGUCAGAAAUGGGGAGACAUUGAGGAAAAAAUUUAUACAGAUGGUUUACAGAAGGCCAGAAUACUAUGACCUGUGUGAAUGGUACCUUUACUGGUGCAAUCAAGCAAGCAGUGGAAGUAGAUCAGGCUCAGAAAUUUUCAGAGACUUUUUGAUUGACUGGGUAGCAUCGUUUGACAACAGCGAUCAUUAUAAGUGCCUUACUGGUAAGGCUGUCAAGAUUGCGAAUCGAUUUUGCCAAAAAGUUAUUGGGACCGAUUGUUUAUAA